CCUCAUAGUGGCAUUCAUUUUUGUUUUCGCGCGCGCAGCCAUGUUGACGGAACAGCUGUUAAGCGUGUAGCGGACAGAUAUUCACUUCGUCUAUUUUUAGCGUAAUAUUGAAGAAAAAACAAUGUUUGUUUCAACAAACAGUAUCGAUAAAGUGUAAUUAAAGUGUGGAAAGUUUUAAUUAAGUUAGUGAUGUCCAAAAUGUUCAUACAUUGAAAGUGUUAGCAAUGGCUUGUGGAAUACAAAGGUGCGACAGUGAUGUUUCAGUGUCUGAUGAAGAAUAUGAAGCAAAAUGGGGUAGAUUUUCCGACUGGCUGCACUGUAUAUGUGUGGUUACGUUUGAUUUGGAGUUGGGACAGGCUAUGGAACGUGUGUACCCGCCGAGUGUGAAAUUGUCAGAUCAAGAGAAAAGCAACAUUUGUUACUUGGCGUUCCCGGAUUCCAACUCGGGCUGCAUGGGCGACACUCAAUUUCACGUUCGAUUGCGUACACGUGCUCCAUUAACUUCACAACAGUUGAUAUAUAACGAGGACAGUGUGUCUACACUUAGAGCGGAUCCGACGCAUUAUUGGGGCUUCGUUUAUUUUCGUCAAGUUAAAGAUCCGACCUUGCCGCGCGGCUACUUCCAGAAAAGCAUUAUUUUACUUACGCGCUUGCCUUUUAUCAACUUGUUUUAUAAAGUAAUACAGUUGAUAGCUCCAAGACAUUUUGAGGAUGGUGAGAGUAGUCUUGAAGCAGCAUGUCAUGAUAUAAAUAGAUGGCCCUUGUUAAACGCUGGUCAAAAUAUAGUUCUGCCAGUUUUAGGGACAGUUUUUCAAUCAUACAUUCCUAAUCAGCAAACUGGUAAAGUUACAAGGUCAGAUAUAGUGAAGCAAGUUCAUUCCUCAAACAUACCACAUGUUAUGGUCUGCAUACAGGAUGUUAAUGUAUUUGAUGCAUUGGCAAGUCUUAUAUCGCAUCUACAUCUACUUUGGGAGUUGGUUCUCACAGCAGAGCCAAUAGUUGUUAUGGCCAGUUCACCAACAGAAUGUUCUGCUUUAGUUCAAGCUCUGACACACUUAAUUCGACCAUUGCCAUACUCAGCAGAGUAUAGACCAUAUUUCACAAUACAUGACAGUGAAUUCAAAGAAUUUACAAGGAAACAAUUUAAUCCACCUUGCGUAAUAUUAGGCGUGACCAAUCCAUUCUUUACAAAGACAUUACAACAUUGGCCUCAUACCAUCAAGUUGGGUGACUCAACAUCAAUCAAAACAAAAUUACGGAAAGUUGGUAGUAUUAAACAUUUAGACACUGCACCAGGAGUGUACACUCAAUAUAAAACAUUUUUGGAAAAGGAUAAGUCUAUAAUAAAAAAGUUACACAAUGGAAUGAGAACUGACCGUCCUUCAGAAGUUCAAACAGCGAUGGUAAAGAGACAUUUAUUGGAAUUAACUCAAAGCUUCAUGAUACCUUUAGAGAGGUAUAUGGCUUCUUUGAUGCCCUUGCAGAAGAAUAUAUCUCCAUUCAGGUCACCACCUGUGCCAAAUCCAUUUAAUCCUGAAGAUUUCUUUGCUUCAUUGCAACAAGCAGGGCCUCAACUAACUUCAGGUAUCAAAGGUGACUGGAUAGGGCUCUAUCGACACUUCUUCCGGACACCAAAUUUUAGUACAUGGUUUCAUGAAAGGCAUAGUGACUUGACAAAUAAAUUACAUGCCUUACAGUUGGAAGCAUUAGCUAGUAGUGAUUUAAAAAAAUGGUCAAUUGGGAAGAAAGAGGUGGAAAUAGUUGACAUGGUCCUCAAAUUGAGAGAGGUUUUAAAAAAUAAUCCCCCCGUGGGUGACAACACAAGGAUGUUGCUUUCACGGCAGUUGGACGACUUGAAUUGUGUUCUUGAAGACGAUAUGAAAGCUAUUUUGAACGCAGCAACGUGACACACGACUUGCUGCACCCACAAACUGAGAGGUUGCAGCAACAACUGUAAAUUUUACUUCAAACUUACAUACCUGAAAUUUGUCCCUUGUGCAUAAUUGAAAGUCCAGUCAGAAUAAGGACAGUGCAAUUUUGAAUUUAGAUAAAUAUAUUUAAGAUACUCAUAUAGUUUUAUCAAUCUUUGUACAUAAGCAUCUAAAUUUUAGUUCUAAUUGUUGCUUUUAACGUUAGUGAAUACCUUCCUACUGUCAUCCCGAUAUGUAACAUAGACCUGAAGAUUUAAAUUUUUCUUUCGAACCACUAAUCUUAAUGACUAAGUAUGUAUUGUUAGUAAAUACAUGUUAUUAUGUUAAACUUGGCCUUAAUGGUUGAAUUAUUUUGUAAAGUACUGUUGAAUAUAAUAUUAUAAAUCUGGAAAAUAUAUUUAAAAUACGAUCAAUUGUAGAAUUUAGUACUAAUUAAUGAUCUCGAGGCUAGAAACAGAAACGAAAUAUCAAAACAAUAUUGAAAAGAUGAUGAUCUGUUUCAAACAUAUUUAUUAGGCGUGAAAAUAAGAAUUAUUAACAUAAUCGAAAUAUAUGAAGCUAUGGUUUUUAGAAUAAAAUAUAUCUAUACAUUAUUCUUUAAUUAUAACUGUUUUUAUGUGUAGGAUAUGUAAAUAAACAACAUCUUCCUCAAAUUAUAUUUAUAUGUGAAAUUAUAACUUCCUGUAGUUUAUUAUAGGAUUGCACUGCUUAUAAUAUUUAGAACACAAUAACAAUUCAUAAUACAUAUUAACUCUAUAUAUAAUAAAAGAAUAAUCUUAUAAAACUCCUUAUUAAAUGAAAGCUAUAGUAUACAAUAUUUUGCUAUACAAUUUUAAAUAAAAUAAAUAUGCACCAUAUGUAGCCUUUAUUUUUUUAACAAAAUAUAAUAUUUAAUUGAGUUAUAAUGCAUUGUGUAAAAUAUGUAGACAAUAUUGUACUUCUGUAUUUAGAAUAAAUGUAUGUCAGUUGUAGGAGUGGAUAGAUAAAGUGUUUAAACUAUGAUAACAUAUAAAAUAACUAGCUUUCCACCCGCGGCAUCGCCCGCGCAGUUAAAGAAAAACCCGCAUAGUUCCCGUUCCCGUGGGAUUUCCGGGAUAAAACCUAUCCUAUGUCCCGGGGUAAAAA